CUCCUUCUUCCCGCUACAACCUCGUUACUCUCCAUCUCCCUUGCUUCUAUUCUUUUCCUUCUUUGUCUUGUUCUACUGUCAUUGUCUUGCUAGCUCCUCCUUCUUCCUUUCUCUACUCGUAUCCUGAACUGAACUGAUACGCUAUCGGAACCUGUUUGCUCUCUAAUAGCCUUGCCCUUUCCUGAGAUCGGUGCUGGGCUGGAAACAGCCUCUCGUCAAGAUACGUGUCCUACACGUGUUCCCUCAUUCCUUGUGUACAGUAAUCAUCAGCUUCUUGAACAUGGUGCGGUCGAUGCUUGGCAACACUCGCAUGUCUCUAACGCAAGCGUGGUUGUCGAUUGCGGAGACGUAUAACUCUCCCCAGUCGUCGAGCAACUCCAAUAGAACAUGCUCACUUGUAGACCCACUACCCAGACAGCAUGAGGCAGAGGUCAGAGACUGUCUGCGCGCUCUGCGAGGACAGGACAUUUCGGCCAAGGUGCAGGCAGCUAAUCGUAUAGCCCAUUGCUGCAAAUCACGGCAGGAAGGCAGGAGCUUCAAGGAGGAGAUCUGCCGGCAAGGGGUCGUGCAGGUCAUGGUGCAGGCAGUUGGUCUGCUGGAGGAGCAGAAGGGGCAGCUUGAGCUCAGGCUCUCCCUCUUUCGUGCGAUCGCUGAAUCGGUAUAUGACCAUCGCGGGAAUGCGGGGGCAGCAGCUGAGAGCGGCCUGCUCAUGGUCACGGCAAACGGCCUGCGUAAGGCGAAUGGAGAUGAGGUGCUGAUAGAGCAUCAACUGUGCGCGACGAACAACG